AGCAACCGGACCUGGCGAAUUUUUGAGCUUCCGGUUAGCUCUGGCUCGUGAUGUCCCUUUUGCAAUCAUGAAACUAGUUUACCUUGCCUGGUUGCCUGGACGUUUCCGAAGACACAGAAGACUUCUCAAGCUUCUGGUAAUGAUACUGUCCUGUUGUUCAAUCUCCUAUUUUGCUUGUAUUUCAUUCAAGAAGAACAAUGUUAACUUAACAUGUGAAUGUGGUGGAAAUUUCACCGACGAGAAACAAAAAACCAGCGAUACACGGGAAGUUCAACUAACAGUGAAAAAUUGCUCUCGCGGAUAUGAAACUGAAAAGGUACAAAAAUCUACCGCUCCUUUCAAAAAUCUACCGCUCCCAUUGAAGAAGAACAAUGUCAUCUUCACAAGUGAAUCAGGUGGAAAUUUCACCGACGUAGUACACAAACCCACCGCUCCACGUGAAGAUGAAAGAAAAGGUCGACUAACAGUUUCCAUCUGGCGAGAUUUGUGCGGCGACAAAGUGAAAGUGCUGAGAAGCUCGCCAUUUUAUCCUAGUUUCCCCAACGAAAAGCUAAUUCGUGAUAUUCCCGGGUUUCAAAUCGUAGACAACAAAGCUGGAUACGGUCAAACGAUAGCUGGUUUCUUAAACCCAGCGACGAGUGGAUCAUAUCGCUUUGCGAUAGCCUCCGAUGAUUCAUCAGAGUUGUGGCUUAGUCCAAGCGAAAAUUCCAAUGAGAAACAGUUAAUUGCCAGUGUCUUUGUCGAGGGCGCUACAGGUUGGACAAAGAAGAAUGAGCUGAGUAAAUACCCUAGUCAAAUUUCGAAAGAUAUAAAGCUUCACACCGGAAGUCGAUAUUACAUCGAAGUCAUUCAUAAACAAGGCGAAGGCGACGGAUUUGUGCAAGUUUUUUGGUCAAAUCCUGGUGUCACAGAUUUUAAACUGAUCAGCUCUGAAUACCUAUCGUCUUGUUCAAUUUCCUCAAAACAGGAUGCCAUGAACCAACUACUUGCUAAGCGUCUUGCAAUCUCACAGACAGCGUGGAAAAAAUACUCGAGCUUUACCACCAUUCCAUUGAUCGGCGAAGGACACUAUCUUCCACAUUGCGCGUACAAGUCUAGCUUUAUUCCCAAAGACAAAAUUGACAAAAGACACGGGCUUUCUUUAGUUUCUCUAUCCAGCGUGUUCCCACAAGAUGAUACUUUUAUGGGAAGUAAAGGAAAUGUGUGGUCCUGGAGUAACAGAGUCGCUGAUAGAGAAAUAGUACAAUCAGUGGUGGACAAGAUGAUCGCUUCCCUUAACGAGAAAACUGCCAAGUAAGUAAGAGUUUUUAAGGUUGCCAUAGACCUUCAGCGGUGUCUUUCAGAAACCUUUCGUCCUCGCGUGGCUUGUAACAAACUGUGUAUCACCGUAAAGCUAAUCAAACGAAGAAAAUACAGUGGUUGCUAACGAGAGCUUAGACCAUAUUGGGACAAAAUUUUACCUCAUUACAAUAUGGCAACUGCAGAGACU